CGAAGCUUCAUUGCCAAUUGGAUGACGAAACAGUUCGCUACCGCCAGCAGCUAAAGUUGAGAGCCAACGGAAAAAUCCAUAAAUUGAUUGAAGAAGCAGAAGAAGCUUGGAAAAAACUCCGGAAAAUGCUGCUGCCCAAGGUCAAAACAGGUGGCAUCUGGAGCUGUCGCCAGCUCUGGGAUUUGUUAAUGUCACCAAUAUCACCUCGCAACUUGCGCACCACAGCUCUGCUGACUAGCAUCUACCAGAUGCUCAUUGCUCAUGCUAUACUUUUCAUGGUGAUGCUCUGUCUAUCGCAUGCGGAGCAAAUGCGUCAUCUGCUCGAUUUGGAUAUUCUGGAUCAGAAGGACAGCGGAUUCUACAACAUGUCACCAUUUCACAAUGAUAUGCGCCUCAAAACCGCGGCUCAACUGGCGGAUGCUACCGAAAAUGCACUCUAUGUAUUGGCAGGAAUUACCAUCGCUUAUGCCCUGAGCACCGUAUCCUUGUUCUUUGGCGUGUUCAAGAAUAAACCUGGUCUAAUUAUACCCUGGCUGGUGUUCGAGUUUCUGGGUCUGAUUGCCCUUGCCGUUUUUGUAUUUAUGCUAAAGGAUACCAAAUUGACCAUGAUAUUUGGCGGGCAGGACUCCUAUUUUAUCAUCUGUUAUACGCUGAUCUGCAUAGAUGGCAUCAAGUGGUAUGUAAUGCACAGCUUCUAUCAAAGUCUACGCACAAUGAACAAAUUGCGAGAGAUUGCAACAGUUGCUAUACCCUGCCCUGCCCCGGGCGCUCUUUCUUCGCAGGUACCCUAUCAGUUCCGCAAGGAGCACAUGUAUUUGGGCAGCAACGGCUACAAACAUAUUCUGACUGAGUCCCCGGAUGGCCAGGGUUAAAUACGGCAGUCACUAUAAAACGCUUCGACGAAUUCAUCAUACCCUCCCAAUCCCCAACGUCAUCGAACUUCCAGCAUCAAGUGUCUUAAAAUUUGUUUCCAAUUUCUUUUAUUUUUCAUUAGUUUAAUCAGCGUUAUUGGAACGUGUGUGAUAUGGAUAAAGAGGAACUGAGAGAUAACUAUUUUAGAUAGAUGCAGCGCAAAAAGGGUUAUGCACACAGAUACACUAUAUUCUUAUGGCAAUAUAUACACAACACAUAUACAUAACCCGACCCGACCCCUAGCAAUUUAUUAUAGUAUGCUAGAUACUCAUUAACUAUUUUCAAUGUAGAGCGCUUACAAUUAAAUAUUUGAUCUAAAUGUUUAGUAGCUGUAGACAAUUUAACUUUAUUUAAAUAAACAUAAAAAUAUUCAUGUGUUAAA